AUCAACAACAUCGACGUCGACCAUCUCUUUCCACUCAACACAGACAAUGACGCCUUAAACCUCACCCUCUUCCCAUUUUUAUCUAUAUAGUCAUAUCCCACCCCCUCCUGGUCAUCUCCCUAUUCCCCUUGCCUCCUCCUCAACACCAACCAUCACCCUCGCCCCUCCCCUCCCCCAACCUCAACACAAAAUGAUUCUCCUCACCCUCCCCAUCCUCCUCCUCCUCAUCUACACCCUCCACGCCCUCAUCUACAUGCCCCUCACCUCCCCACUCUCCUCCCUCCCAGGCCCUUUUUACACAAAAUUCACCUCCCUCGUUCUCAAGUACCACGAGCUCCGCGCCACCCGCACCCGGUACAUCCACGCCCUGCACCUCCGCUACGGACCCGUGGUCCGUGUCAGCCCGAAUGAAGUGAGCUUUGCGUCGAGGGAAGGCGUGAAAGAGAUUUAUUGCUCUGGUGGAAGCGGGUUUGAUAAGAGUCGGUGGUAUGAUUUGUUUAAGGUUUAUGGACGGAGGACGAUGUUUACUACGCUUAAUAAAGAAGACCACGCGAAACGGAAACGAAUUCUUGCGGACCGCUAUGCCAAUAGCAAUGUUAUGCGUCAACCAUCGCUCAAUGGCAUUGUCGAACGGGCGGAGAGAGUAGUCAAGAGGUGUGUCGAGUCUUUGGGCGGAAGUCUUGAUCUAUAUAUUUGCCUUCACUCAUACGCUUACGACUGCGUAACCCACCACUUGUUCCAUCCGUACGGGGCAGAUUCGCUCCGGAACAAGCAAGACGAGGAGAUUAUGCGCGAAGUGACGUUCGAUGACAGUUUGCAGAACCGACAACUAAGUUACUACAGUCCCACCUUACACAAAGCAAUCUCCAAGAUCCUCUAUAUCUGGGGCGUCAAGCCGCGCGAGACCCCCUUGGCCGAUAAAUUCGUCCUCGAUACCGCCGCUAAGACGGACGCAGCGCCUUUCACCCUUCUUAACCGACUCCAAAGCGCGUUAACCAACAACAGCAACGACGAUGACGACAAGGACAAGGACAACAGCAAACUCGCAAAGAUAGACCAACUCGACAUCGCAGCCGAAGUCCUCGACCACAUGGUAGCUGGCAUCGACACCACCGGUGACGCGCUCUGCUUCCUCAUGUGGGAGCUCUCGCAGCCGCGAUCUCUUCAAUAUCAGACCAGGUUGCGAGAGGAACUGUUGUCUUCCCCGUCGUCGUCAGACAUCAACUUUGACAAACUCCCCUACCUCGACGCCAUAGUCAUGGAAGGCCUGAGAUGUUUUCCCGCCAUCCCCAUGUCUCUCCCGCGAAUCGUGCCUAGGGGCGGCAAGACCAUCGAUGGAUAUUUCCUGCCGCAGGGAACGACGGUCAGUUGCCAGGCGCAUUCGGUGCAUAGGAUCGAUCAAGAGGCGUGGGGCCCGGAUCCGGAUACGUUUAGGCCGGAGAGGUGGUUGGAAGAUGGGAAGGGGGAUGCGGAGAGGAGGAGGUUGUUCUUUGCUUUUGCUAAUGGGGGGAGGGGGUGUGUGGGUAAACAUUUGGCACUGGCCGAGAUGAAGAUCUUGCUCCGAGAGGUGUAUUCCAGGUUUACUACGAUUCCAGAUAAGACGAUGAGGGAGGAGGAUAUGGAGAUGGCCGACCAGCUUAUAUCGUCGAGGCCGGCUGGGUUGAAGUGUCUGUUGAAGUUUGAGCCAAUUGGUGGGCAGGAGGUGGCGGUCUAGGGGGUUGUGUAAACCGGUUGUACUAAAACCGUUGUACUAUAUUGCGAGUUUACAGCGUGCCGUCCGUGAAAGAAACCAUAGACAAUACCUAACGAUGUAUUUAUUUGUCUGUUUGGGGUUCUCUUUGUCGGAUCUU